AUGUCCUUCGGCGAGUGUACUAUCACGUUGGAGGAUGUUGCAAUUUUACUUGGGUUGAAGAUCUCUGGGGCACCCAUUACUGGAUACGCAAGUAUGGAUUGGGGAGCUCUUGUGCAGCGCCUUCUUGGCAUGACACCCCCUGAGGCAAUGCUUGUUGGGGGUAGGUUGAGGAUGAGGUGGAUUGACCAGCACUUUUCGGAUGUUUCUGAGCAUAUACAUAGCCAGGAACAUUUGGAACGCUAUACUAGAGCGUUCAUUUUACGCAUGAUCGGGAGAUAUUUAUUAACCGAUCACUCUAGCUCGUUUGUAUCCCUCAAAUACCUGAGUUUCCUCGAAGACCUAGAUGUUUGUGGUCAAAUGAGUUGGGGGUCAUGCGUCUUGGCAAAUAUGUACAUGGAGUUGUGUGUGGCGAUGAAUUAUGAUCACAAGGAAAUUGCUGGGUCAGUCUGGUGUCCUUCUAAAAAAGGAGGAUCAAAUGAAAGUCAAGAAAACUCUAGUGUAUGCGAUGAUGAGAAUUACUUUUUGAGCGGUAGGAAAUUCCAGUUGAAUCAUGGUAGUGUUAACUGUAAAGGAAAGGGAAAAAGAGGUGUCAAAUAUGGUGGUAGUAGAUCUGAGAAUGGGGGAGGCAAUGAAGUUGGAUCAAAAGCUCGUGGAAGUGUAAAAGGUGAUAGUGAAGGAGGCCCCUCAAGUUUUGGUGGUGGUGAUGGUGGUACGAAAGGAGGGGGUAGUGUCAGCGGUGCCGAUAGCCCAGGUAGAGGAGGAAGUGUUGGAGGACUCACAAGUUACGGUGGUAGUGGAAGUGUAGAAGUCGAUAGUGAAGGAGGUCCCCCAGGUUUUGGUGGUGGUGGUGGUGGUGGUACCAAAGGAGUACGUAGCGAAAGUGUCGGUAGUCUAGCAGGAAAAGGAAGUGUUGCAAGGUUCCAAAGUUAUGGCAAUGGUGGAAAUGUAGUAGUUGAUAGUGAAGAACUACCCCCAGGUUUUGGUGGUGGUGGUCGUACGAAUGGAGGAGGCAGUGUCAACAGUGCUGGUAGCCCAGGUGGAGGAGGAAGUGUAAGAAUGGAUAGUGAAGGAGGUCCCCCAGGUUUUGGUGGUGGUGGUACCAAAGGUGUAGCUAGUACUGAAAGUGUUGGUAGUCUAGCAAAAAAAGGAAGUGUUGCAAGGUUCCAAAGUUAUGGAAAUGGUGGAAAUGCAGUAGUUGAUAGUGAAGAACUCCCCCCAGAUAUAUAUAUAUAUAUAUAA